AUGGCUGAUCAUUCCGUGGCUCUCUUUGCGCUGGUGCUAGCUUCCGGAGUCCUUGUUUCUAAGGCGGAUGAUGACAUUAGGUUAGAUGAAGUAGCAGCCAGUGUCAUUUCUGACUUUGUGACGUCGGCCGAAUUUGGCACAACACGCUCGGUUUGCAAACCCGUGCCGAGCACGAUGGGCUUGUGCCACGGAAUCGGGUACGGGGCCCUGAGGCUGCCCAACCUCCUGGGUCAUGACAGCGUGAAGGAGGCGCAGCAGCAGGCCGCAGCGUGGAUACCGUUGGUGAACAAACGGUGCCACAGCGACACCAGGAAGUUCCUUUGCUCCCUUUUUGCACCCGCAUGCCUGGAGGAGCUCUCGGCGGCUGUGCCUCCAUGCCGAAGCCUCUGCACCAGCGUGCGGGAUGGGUGCCUCCCAGUGAUGAGCGCCUUUGGGUUCCCAUGGCCGGUGUCAUUCAACUGUAGCCGCUUUCCAGCCAGAGAGGAGCUAUGCAUCCCAGGAGCUGAAGAUAGAGGACGUAUGGAGGUUACAGAGAUGGACAAAGGUACCGUGUUAUGUGAUGCCUGCAGCCCAGCUUCAGAAGGAGAAAGUGACAUCCAGAAGAACUUCUGCAGUAGUCAGUUCGCUUUCAGGCUUCAGAUCAGCUCCUCGUCUCUGGAGGGGCUGGAUCUGCGUGUGGUGCCUCAGAGGAGGAGCCGUAUCCUCCGUUGGGAGGGCAGUGAGCAGGAGCAACAGGCUGCAAUGGAGCAAAGCGCCCUCUGGCUACCAGAGGCUGCAAACUGUUCCUGCCAAGCACUAGAAGGACAAGGGGUGGGAUCCUUGCUCGCCCUGGGGAACAUGCAGGACGGACGAAUGGUUCUCUCCAGACUUGUGAAGUGGUCUCGCAAUGAGAAAGAGCUGAAAAAGUUCAUUAGGAAACUGACCAGACAGCCAUGCUGA